CAAAGUUUUGCAAAUAGGUUUGUAAUUUCAGAAUUAUAAUAAUAAGUUAAAGAGAAAAAGAAGAAUCGGCACCAUUCACCAAACAUUUUAAAUAAUUCAAUACUGAAAAAGAAUGCAAAUUUAUAUAGACUGUAAAUCAGAGACAAAUAGCGGGGUACCAGAAUGGGCUAUUAUAGAACUGCAAGGUUUAGUUCAAACGAAAAAAGAACUUAUGUCAGGACCUACUGCGGUUGGAGACUUACAUUAUUUUAGUAGGAAUAAGCAUCCAGUGUUAAUUCUUGGUCAUCAUGUUUUAAAUGGAAAAGAAAUAAAACUGGAACAGCCAAUGGCAGUCAUAGAAAAAGAAACGAUAAAUGGUUAUAUCGACUAUAAAGUGAAAGCUAUUGUUAAAAAGAAAUUACUAUUCAAAUCUAGGCCUAAACCAAUUAUAUCAAAUGUGGCUGAAAGGGUGUAAAGUAAUAAAUUUUUAUUUUGAGUAA